AUGUCUGACGUUGAAGAAGUCCAACAAGUCCCAGUCGCUGAAUUGACCAUCGAAGAUGCCCUAAAGGUCGUCUUGAGAACCUCUUUGGUUCACGAUGGUUUGGCCAGAGGUUUGAGAGAAUCUGCCAAGGCUUUGACCAGAGGUGAAGGUCAACUAGCUGUUUUGGUUGAAUCGGUUACUGAAGAAGCCAUCAGCAAGUUGGUCCAAGGUUUGGCCACUGAAAACAACGUUCCAUUAAUCAAGGUUGCUGAUGCCAAGCAAUUAGGUGAAUGGGCCGGUUUGGGUAAGAUCGACCGUGACGGUAACGCCAGAAAGGUCGUCGGUGCUUCCGUUGUUGUUGUUAAGAACUGGGGUGCUGACACCCAAGAAAGAGAAAUUCUUUUGGAACAUUUCAGCCAACAAUAA